GUGAUCAGUGGCAGUGGGCUUUGGCACUUCUCAGCGAGAUUCGGGAGGCGAAGCUGGAACCCAACGUCGUAAGCUUCAGUGCCGGGACCAGCGCGUGUGAGAAAGGCGAUCAGUGGGAGCGGGCCCUGGCGUUGCUCAGCGAGAUCUGUGUGGCAAGACUGGAACCCAGCGUCAUGAGUUACAGCGCUGGGAUCAGCGCUUGCGCGAAAGGCGCGCAGUGGCAGCGGGCUCUGGCGCUGCUGAGCGAGAUGUGGCAGGCGAAGCUAGUGCCCGAUGUCAGCUACAGCGCUGUGAUCAGCGCGUGCGAGAAGGGCGAGCAGUGGCAGUGGGCUGUGGCGAUGCUCACCGAAGUGCGCGAGGCGAAGCUGGAACCCGAUGCCAUCCCCUACAUGGCUGCGACUUGCGCGUGUGAGAGAUGCGGCCAGUGGCAGCAUGUGUUGUCGUUGCUCAGCGAGAUGCGGGAGUGCAAUGUGGAGACAGACGGCAUCAGUUACAACGUGUGCACCACAGCGUAUGAAAGGUCGUCUCCCGACAUGGCAGGAUUUCCAGGCUAUCUUGGGAUCGGUCUCUCGCAAUUUCGCGUGUCUUGA